AUGAAGUUUGCGCACGAUUUCAAGGAAACGCUUAGGCGUCAAGACUUUCCACCUCAUUGGAUUGAUCAAGCCAUCCCAUACGGCCAGCUGAAGAAGGUUCUCAAACGUGUCGCCCGCGAACUCAGCGACCUGGGGCUUGAUCCUGAGACUCUACGCCAGCUUCUCGACCCGGCCAAUGAUUCGCCGCUGGCUGCCAAAUACCGCCUCGAUGGUAAACUCUAUGCCCUUCCCCGUCCAACGGCUUUCGGAUCGCCGCCACCCUCCACGCCCCUAUCAUUACCGGCUAACUCGCUCAUAGCUGCCGGCAACUCAAAGUUAUUGAGGCCAAAGCUGACCGUCUUGGUGCACAUGCGCGACGGCAAUGCCGUUGAUGCAUCCCUGACGCCCGCAUCCCGUUCCCUCAUUGAACGCAUCGCCGCCUUGCAGUCCCACGAUCCGGUCCAAUCCAUCCCGGCGGCAGCUCCGCAAGAGUCCAUAUCAAUAAGGUCGCCUGUUUCAUCUGCCGAGUCUCUUGCCAAUGCCGAGAUCGAGUCAUCAGACAACCAAAGCUGCAUCCAGGAUCAAGCCCACUUACCGCCUACGGAACACUAUGAGCGAAUCGAAGUUCCCCUCGUCUUCGAUAGUGAGUUCUUCGACAUCCUGCAGAGCGAUGUCAACAACUUGGAUGCACUUCAGGCGAAGGAAGAAAAGGCCAUGGUCACAGAAAUUGUUGCCCUGAGACAGGAGAUCUCGCAUUUGACGAAACCCAGCCGACUGUCCAAGAGCGACCUUGCGAGGUGGCGCGCCAUUUUUGAACUGUAUCUGGACGCUCAGGUCUUCUUUUCAACCAACGAACAAGAUCACGGAUCACGAACCAGCCAAACGGCCGCAAAGCAGCUUCAGUGGUUUCAAGAAGAACUUACGAAAAGAAACCUCGCUAAGUCCUUCAAGAUUGCCGAGAGUCGCGAGGCCCUAGUUCGCUUCUUGAGCCUCAAUGCCGUUCUUCUUAAAAACCUGCAGUUCCAGGAGAUCAACCAGGUGGCAAUCUACAAGAUUCUGAAAAAAUUCGAUAAACGGACCUGCCUAGGCGUUUCCAAAUCUUUCCCAGUUGAGGUCCACUCCGACAAGUUACUAGCCGGCUCUGUUGCUAAGGAUAUCUGCGCCCAAAUGUCUACCGACCUAGUGUCAGUCGUACCACAGAUCAGUGACUAUCUAUGCCCAAUUUGCUUUGCCAUCGCUUAUCGGCCCGUCCGGCUGGCUUGCCAACACGUUUUCUGCAUCCGAUGCGUCGUCAAGAUCCAGCGUCAGAACGAGAAGCACUGCCCCUUGUGCAGAGCAGACACCGUCAUGAAGGCCUCAGCAGAUAAUUUGGAUAUCCAGCUAGAAAGAUAUAUGCGCAAGUACUUCCCCAAGGAGGCCAAGGAGAAGCAGCGGGCCAACGAGAUCGAAAGAGGCGUUGAGGACUAUGGUCCCGAGUACGUGCACUCCGAUUGCUCCGUCAUGUAA